CUUUAUACGAAAUUGUUGACAUACAAUCGCCACCGAAAACGUGUAAAAAUAGGAAUUAUGUUGUAAAACCGUAAUCAUUUAAUAAUCUACACUGCGGUAUAUCGUGCUGUAAUAGUGGGCUAGAUGUACUAUUGUGACCGACACGCUUUGAUACAGCUCGUAAAUGGGAAUUUAAACUAAAAUUAGCAAACUACCGUUAGCUUUAGCUCCUCUCAGCAGCCAUGGAACCGACGAUGAACAAAGAAACAGCUGUUCUUCAGGGUGCCUUCCUCCAGGCUGAUAAACUGUGUCGCCCCUCAUCCCUGUCCUCCCUUCAGAAGGCAGACUGGAGCAGAGUGGGACGUCCCGUCCUGGAGGCAGUCAGAGAAAUCAGUGGACAGGAUGAACUCGGUGGUCAUCCCCCCACAGCGGCUCUCGGCUGGAUAAAGAAAUUAGUUGGUGCUGUGUGGCUGAAGGCGUUGAGCGGGGAGACUGGAAAAGAUGUAGAAAUGUCCUGGAGGGAGAACCCUUUCUUCCCUCUUGAGAACGGCCUCCCCGAGGUCAACCGUGUCGUCCUGCUGGAAGUGGUGCGGUCGAUGGCAGCUGCUCCGAUAUUUGCCAAUUUCCUCUUGUGUCUUCCCGAAUCUCAGAUCUGUUCUGAGCUUGAAGGGCUGGUGCAACACGUGAGGAGCGGCCCUACGACGGAGGAUGAUGUUCGACUUUUUUUAGAGGUUUGGUGGGAACUGUGGAAAGGCAAAGAUGAGACGAAAGCUGGAGGAGAGGACAGCAUAGAGACAAUGUUCGCCAGACAAUUUGCUCGUAUCUUAUCUAAGUCUUCCGGUCUGUCUCCUCAGGCCGCCAAGAGGUUAAAGCUUGACGCAUCAGAUCUACCAGCAUCAUCACUAACCCCUGAUGUCCUGCACAUUCUCCUCCAUGCACUUAAAGAUAUAAAAGAUCACAUAUCGACGACUGAACUUUGCCUCCAGGCCCUCUCCAUCUCUCUUGAUGCUCUCUAUUCAGCCUUCCUGAUAGACAAAGCAGUCGUAUUUCCAACCAAAGAGAAGAUGCACAUCCUGUCUAAAGUCGUAGGCAUCAGAGAAAAGAAUGAUGAGAAACUGAGUCCUGAACUUAUUCGGGAGGCUCAGAGAGACCUACGAGCGUCUCACACACCUUCUCAGUUUCAGCCCAGCAGCAUGACGCUCGGUGAAUCCUUAAAGAUUAUAACAGAAUUUGUUCAGUUUGAGCAAAAAAGUGGGCUCUUGAAAGUGACUGACAGCUCUAAUCUGAGAUACUCAGCGUUCAAACUGGAACAAAGUGUUCAGAGAGUCCUGACAGCUCUACAAGUGCCUGAAAUAGAGACUGAAACAGAUGAUGAAGAGAAGAAUGUACUCAGAGGUUUGCUGGAGUCUCUGGUUUUCCCUGCCACAGAGAGCACCCCUGAGGUGAACGCGAGGGUCACCAUGCUCAUCAUCAAUCACCGCUUGGAGGACUACGAGAACUUUGCGGUGUUAUUUGCCAGCGAGAGGAGUUUGGCCGCCUGUGAUGAGCUCUGGAUGGACUGCCUGGAAAAGAACCAAGCCGCCUUUCAGCAGCACGACACACUCAUCGAACUGACCUCCACCCUCAUGAGUAAACUCCACAGCGACAGCGCUAACGUGAGCCACUGCAGGAAGCUGAUGAAAGUCAUCGCAGACAUUUUCUCUGCGCUGUCCUUAGAGGGCAAGAACAAAGCGUUGGCUGCGAUGUUGAGUCUGUCCAGCAGGGGGUUCUUUGAUUGCCCCGUCCCGUCUGCUGUGACGGAUGGGUUCGAACAGGAGCUCAACAUGGCCUUCAACUGCAUCAUCCAAGGAGGGGGCGCAGCGGCGUCGCAGGGCACUCUGAACACAGCCGUCUCUUUAGUAGCCAGAGUUGCGUUUCAGAACCCAGAAGCGGCUUUGAGGUCUUGUUGUCAUUCAGCUAUUUUCAAUAAAGGUGCUUUCUCUCUUAUGGCGAAGAUCCUGCAGCAGCUGCCGGGACUCCGAGGGCAGAGAGAAAGAAAGGAUGAAGCUCAAAGUGAUGACGAGAAAAGUAGAGAGGCAGACGAAAGCAUGGAUGAAGGAAAGGAUGUCGUGAGUGGAAGCGCUUUGCUCUGCAGGUGUCUACGGGAGAUCAUUAAGACCAAAUCUUUGUCAGCCAGUGAAAAAGAGCAGUUCCUAAAGUAUCUGGGUUUGCUGAUGACGCCUGACAUGACAUCCGAGGGAGAGGAACAUAAGAGGGAAAGCUUUCUGACACCUCAGGAGGUUGUAAACGUCUUUGUCCUGCCUAAUCUCUCCACUACAGCUCAAAGCUCCUUUGAUGUAGAACUGAGUCUGCAGCUUCUCCACUCUGCUCUGUCUGUGGACGUCCAGGAGCCAGCCUCAUCUCCUCACUGGGUGAUGGACUGCUUUCCCUUUCCCCUCCUCUACGUCCUGGCCCAGCUGCUCAACCAGACUCUCAGGUGUUGGGAGCAGCCAGCAGAGGACAGUGUCCACCACUGGACCAUGGACACCAAGGAGCUGCUGGUGUCGGUGCUGAUCACACUGGGGCAGGUGGUGGGUGCAGAGGUGGCGGCGGCCCCCAGCAGCUGGUCCAGAGCUCUGUUCUGGCUCUACAACAAAAUGGAGGAACUAGACUGGACGGUUCGUUUCCACCUGAAGCCCAUUUGGGGGGAACACUUUAAAAAUGAGGUUCCUUCAUCUCUGCUGACUGUGUGUGAUCUACCUGAGCAGGAGUGGUCUGGUCUGGACCUGUCUCAGUAUGGACAGGGUACUGGUCUACUGGCCUGGAUGGAGUGCUGCUCUACAUCAGACGCUCUGCUGUCCACCAUGUUGUCCCGUCUCUCUCUGGACCAGCGCCGGCCCGACCACGUCAGCAUGUUCAGCAAAGGCCUGCUGGUGGCUCUGACCCAGACCCUCCCCUGGUGCUCCGUCUCCCAGUGGACCAGAUUGCUGAGAGUCCUGAGGGAGCUCAUCACCUCAGGUCGCCUCCACAUUCCCUUCUCGCUCGAGUACGUGGACUACCUGCCCCUCCUGGAUCUGAGGAGGUUUUCAUGCGAGCUGCGCCUGUCUGUCCUCCUGCUGCGAGUCCUUCAGCUGCUCUGCGGCUCCAGCUGUUCCGACUGGCUGGCGGCGGACGGUUGGGCGCACGUCGGCAGGUUAUACGCCCACGCUGUGCGGGACAUGAUGAACUCAGUAAGAGCCAAGCUGCCUCUUCCUACGUCAAGUGCUGUGACCGUCUCUGCUUCAACGUCUCCAUCCUGCACGUCAGUCAAAGCUCCUAAAAUGUCCAAAGACCUUCAUCAAGCAGAGGACUGUCCUCUGACGUCCAAAAAGUCUCCAAUGGAGGACGAGGUGGAGACAGCUCCCUGCCAGGAAGUCCUUUUUGUACUCAGCCAGCUCUUCUGCCACGUUCAGCACAUCCAGGUGAUGAUGCCCGGAGGUCAGUGUGAACCGCUGUUUCUCUGCAGUCUGGAGAUCCUCAGCCACUAUGAGGCCAUCAUGGCCGCUUUCCCAAACAGCAGCAACGCACUGGAGAGCGACAACACCCGCCACUUUUUCUCCACCAUCACAGAUAACCUGGAGAACCUGGAGAUGAAGGCGGUCCUGCAGCAGAAAAUCGCUCAGCUGGUGUCAUCGGCUGCUUAAGACACUGACUUUUCAUCUGUAGUCCACUUAAGAGUUUUCAGAUUCCCUCUGUGGAUUUUGAGCACCUUUGCCGAUAAAAUUUGGAUUUUUUUCGGUUGUUUGUGCUGUACACUGCACUUAAUUAUUACAAAAUGAUGGGUUAGCAAUUUAAGAAAAUAAAAAGCCAAUAUUUCACA